AUGGCGACGGCGCACAUCCCGCUCAACCAGCACCCCGAUGUCGUCAGGUGGCUGCCCGCGCUCUCCCCGCUGCAGGCGGAUCGCCCGCUCGCCCUCGCCGCGUGGGACUACCGCACGUGCUCCGCGCACCUGCACGCGCUCCUCCUCUCCCCGCCGCAAUCCCCCGCCUCGCCCCCCGCCGCCUCGCCCCCUCUGCCCACGCUCGCGCCCCUGGGCGCGUGGCAGCUGCCGGCGCGCGCGUCCCGCCUGUCCGUGUGCGCGCUGCCCGACGGGCGGUCGCUGCUGCUGCUGGGGUCGCGCGGCGGGCAUGUUAGCGCGCUGCUGCUCGACGGAUGGGACGUGCUGGGCGCCGAGGGGGCGCUCGCAGAGGCGCUGCAGCAGGGGGAGACGGGUGAGGGGCGCGGGGGCGACGAGCGCAUGGAGGGAGUGGAUGGGGGAAAUGGGGCGGGCAAAGCGCGUGCUGGGAGUGAUGAGGGGAAGAGGAGGGCGGGGACAGGGCUGCUGGUGGGUGGGGGCGUGGACGGGGUGGGAGGCAAGGGGGAAAAGGCGGGCGGGGACAGAGGCAUAGCGCUGAUCACAGCCGCACCAAGGGGAGCGGGGGGACAGGGCGGGCAGGGGCACGAGGGACGCGUGACAGCAGUGGACUUCCGCGCGGACAAUGCACGCUGCCUCUCCGCGGGCGCGGACGGGCGCCUGCAGGCCAUGGCGCUGGUGGCGGGGCAGUGGGUGGCGGACUCACUGCUGGCGGACGCAGGGGGCGCACAGGGGGGGGGCGCGGGGGCUGUGGCGGUGACGGCGGGCAGGUGGCGCGCGGCGGCGGAGGCAGUGACAGGCAGCAUGGGGGGCGCCGUGCAGCUGUGGGACGUGCGGGCGGGGCCUGCUCAUGCACCCGCUGCCACGUGCAGCAUUGCGUGGUCACGGGCAGCACCGUGUGCAGUGGGGGGCAUCAACGACAUUGCCAUCCAUCCGUCACGCAAUCACCUCGCCCUGGCAGCGGGGUCACAGGGCGCGGUGGUGGCGUGGGACCUGCGCCACCUGCACCACCCGCUCAUGCUCUUCGGCUCCUCCGCUGCUCUGCCCGCCUCUCCCUCGCCCGGUGUGCGCGGGGCGGAGUGGGCGCAGGGGGACGUGUGGGAGGUGCAGUUUGACCCGCUCACACACCUCUCGCUGCUCUCCUCCGCGCGCCCCGCUGCUGCCACCACCUCGGGCGCUGCUGCCGUGCCGCCCAUGCUGGCUUGCUGCGAUGAAGGCCUUCUCUCCCUGCUGCAUGCAGGAGGAGCGGUGCAGGACAUCAUGCACGCGCCACACGCCAUCAACUCCUUCGAUGUCGAACCCUCUUUCGGUCAGCACGUGGUGGCAUCGACCUACCACGCCAUCACAUACGUGUGCCGCCCCAAGCUGCCAUGA